UCACAUGCAUUCAUUCAUAUCUACUCAUUUCUUGCCUCUGCUGUUAUAAUUUAGUUAUUGUUAUUAACAAUAAAAAGCUGACUCUUCCUCCUCUGUUUAUUUCUCCAUCACUAUCUAAUAUAAUAUCAAGAUUGUCUUGAUUUUCCUUCUUUCUCAAAGUUUUAAGAUCUUGAACAAUAAAGCUUCUCUUUUUCCUUCUAAUUAACAAAAAUCAUUAAAUGUAUUAUUGUUGAAUUCUUGGAUUCCUUAGAGCUUUUGAAUGAAGCCUCCUUGGUUGCUCUUCAUUUAUUUCUUGUGAUUGAGGUAGUUGAAUAUUCUAUUCUAUUUUGAUGAUGGAGAAUACUGAGAUUGAGGAAAACUUGUUAUCUAUUGGUGAGCCUAAGUUACAUGGAGCAAUGUGCAAGAGUUUAUCGGCUAUAUAUGCAAGAGUGCUGGGAAUAUUUCCUGAAUUAGAAGCUGCACGACCAAGAAGCACAUCUGGUAUUCAAGCAUUAUGUGCUUUGCACAUAGCCCUUGAGAAAACAAAGAAUGUUCUUCAGCAUUGCGCCGAAUGCAGUAAACUUUACCUGGCUAUAACAGGGGACUCUAUAAUUCUGAAGUUUGAGAGAGCAAGAUCUGCUCUUGAAGACAGUCUAAAGCGUGUUGAAGAUAUAGUACCACAAAGUAUUGGCUCUCAGAUAUCUGAAGUUCUAAAUGAACUUCAGGGAAUUGAGUUCUCGAUUGAUCCGUUGGAGAAGCAAGUUGGUGAUGAGAUAAUUACAUUGCUUCAGCAGGGGAGAAAAUUCAAUGGCAAUGACAACAAUGAACUUGAGUCUUUUCACCAAGCUGCUACCAGACUUGGUAUAACUUCUUCAAGAGCUGCUCUUAGAGAAAGAAGGGCUCUGAAAAAGCUCGUUGAACGAGCCAGGGCAGAAGAGGAUAAAAGGAAAGAGUCAAUUGUUGCUUUUCUUUUGACUCUCAUUAGAAAAUACUCAAAGUUGUUUAGAUCUGAAUUAUCAGACGACAAUGAUUCACAGGGUUCAACACCUUGUUCACCCACAGUUCAAGGAUCCUUCGAGUAUGGUAUUGGAGCUGUAAGCAAUAAUAUUCAUGCUUUUGACCGGCAACUCUCGAAGCUUAGUUCUUUUAAUUUUAAACCUAACUUUAGGAGGUCAGACCAGAUGCCUGUUCCUCCUGAAGAGUUAAGGUGUCCAAUAUCGUUACAGUUAAUGUAUAACCCUGUGAUAAUCGCUUCUGGGCAAACAUAUGAAAGGAUUUGCAUUGAGAAGUGGUUUAGUGAUGGGCAUAAUUCGUGCCCAAAGAGUCAGCAGGAGCUCCCUCACCUUGGUUUAACUCCUAAUUAUUGUGUGAAGGGUUUAGUUGCUAGUUGGUGCGAACAAAAUGGGGUUCCUAUUCCAGAUGGCCCACCUGAAUCCCUUGAUCUCAACUACUGGAGACUGGCUUUAUCUGAAAGUGAGUCCGCGAAUUCCAAAUCUACAGGAAGUAUUGUUUCUUGCAAGUUCAAAGGUGUCAAGGUGGUUCCUUUGGAAGAUAGUGGUAUCAUUGAGGAGGCCGAAGGAAAUGAAGUAGAUGAAUGUGUGCAAGAAGAUGAGGAGCUUCAAGUCAAUGCUUUUGAUAGAUAUGAGGACUUUUUAGCUGUCUUAAACAAAGGGGAAGAUUUCAGGAAAAAGUGCACAGUGGUAGAACAGAUAAGGCAUCUGCUAAAGGAUGAUGAAGAAAUCAGGAUUUAUAUGGGAGCAAAUGGCUUUGUUGAAGCACUACUAGGGUUUUUGGAGUGUGCUAUACAAACCAGGAAUGAGAUUGCUCAAGAAAUCGGAACCAUGGCCCUCUUCAACCUUGGUGUCAAUAAUAACAGGAACAAGGAGUUGAUGCUGGCGGCGGGUGUGCUUCCUUUGCUGGAAAGAAUGGUUGCCACUUCUAGUGCCAUCAGUGCAGCUACUGCCCUUUACCUGAAUCUUUCCUGCCUCGAGGAAGCCAAGCCUGUUAUUGGUUCUGGUGAAGCCAUUCCAUUCUUGGUCGGAGUCCUCCAGCGUGAGACCGAUGCUCAAAGUAAACUGGAUGCCCUCCAUGCACUUUUUAAUCUGUCCAGUAAUCCAACAAAUACACCCCACCUCCUCUCAGCCGGCAUUCUCGAUUGCCUGAAAACCCUUAUGUCAUAUACGGAUGACCAUACAACAGAAAAAUGCAUAGCGGUCCUUAUAAACCUAUCUUUAAGUAAAUCUGCAAGGGACGAAAUAAUGUCGUCUCCUGGUCUUAUAAGUAGCCUUGCAACCGUUUUGGACAUUGGAGAGCCUUUAGAACAGGAGCAAGCUGCUGCUUGCAUGUUGAUAUUAUGCAAUGGAAACGAGAAAUGCAGCCAAAUGGUCCUUCAAGAAGGAGUGAUACCUUCGUUGGUGUCGAUAUCAGUAAAUGGGACUAUGAGAGGAAAGCAGAAAGCUCAGAAGCUUUUGAUGUUGUUUCGCGAGCAGAGACAGAGAGAACCGUCAACAGUUCAAACUCAGACACAGGUUGAAAAGACGGAGACGUUGUGCAUGCCUACUGAAGAUUCAAAGCCAUUGUGCAAGUCAACCUCCCGGAAAAAAUUGGGGAAGGCGUGGAGUUUCUUGUGGAAAAACAAGAGUUUUUCUGUGUACCAGUGUUAAAUAUACCUCUUGUCAUUUCACUAGUAUGUAAAUCUCUUAUUUAUAUCUCCUUUCUCAUUUUCUGUCCUAUGCCAAUGGGUGAGUUUAGUUUUCUUGUGGAAGAGAUGUACGAGUCUGGGCACUUUAGGAUAGCUAGGGGCUUAUCCAUGCCAAAUAGGGUCCAUGAGUUAAUGCUUUAGCUCCAUCCUUCACAGUGAAAAUACAGCCAUUGGAUGUGAAUAAGAUGUUAUUUCUUGAGAUGUAGCAAUAC